AGUGACGCGCGCAAUCUCCGGCAGGCGUCGACGGCUUCUGGCUUUUUAUUUUUAUAUUUUUGGUGUGCACAUAUUCAUAUUCAUCGUCUUACCUCGCUGCGUCCGCUUCGGUUUGCUCUUCUCUCCUUGUUUCCAACAAUGCCCACCAGAACCUUCGAGUAUGUCUUCCAGCAGGUGAUGUGGAUGCUGGCGGCGGCGGCCCAGCUGAUCGCGUCGAUGGGCGUGGGUCUCAAGUGGGUCUUCAUGACGCUCCGCUGCAUCACCUUUGCCCUGAUGGACAUCGGCUACUUCCUUCCCCACGUAUUCUGGUACCUGCUGUCGCCGAACAUUAUCCGCCGCGUCUCGUACCGCUCCUCGCGCACCACGAAGCUGCGGAACAUGGAGGCGCUGCUGACGCGGCAGGUUGUGCAGGAAUCCGCGGCACCGCCCACGCCGGCGGCGUCGUCGUCCGGGAAGGAGAGACGGAAGAGCGCGUCGGGGCGCGACGCCUCCCCGCCCCCGGCGGUGCCGGACGGUCCGUAUGGCAUGGACUACGACGCAGUGGAGCGCUUUGCUCGGACGAUCAACCCCGCCGAUGGCACCUUCGUGAACGGCCUCCCAGUGGACGUCAGCGAUGACGCGAACAACGCCAGCUCGUUUUUCCCUGCCGCCCUCAACUCGAAGAACUCCUUCGACGACACGCUCGCCACGUUGCAGCGCAUUUAUCGCCACCGCAGUCAGCAGAAGCAGCAGCAACAGCAGCAGCCGUCAAAGUCGGGCUCGCAGGAGACGAGCUACCGCAACGGCAACCACCAGAAUUCGGACUCGCCAAUGAUGGAUCAGCCGCCCUCGCCGUACGCGGAAAGCUUCACCGACUCCGACAACGACGACGACGACGUGGAGGACCGCAUGAAUCUGCACAACCGCGCCACCCUCGACAUCUACCUUCCCAUCCCACUGGACUCGCUCUUUCGAUUCAUGGAUCAGGAGCGCAGGUCCACGGAGGCCCACGAGCACGCUCACCCGUCGUCGCCGUCGGCCGCCAAGGACGAGAAGUCGGGCGAUCAGAGCAAGCGGGCUGACGGCAAGAAAGACCGCAGUCGCCGCAAGAGCAAGCUGACGCGGAAGAAGUUCCCGAUCAUCAUCUCCGUCACCGGUGGGGCGUGGAUUGUCGGCUGCUAUCUGUGGAACUUUCUGAUGGCCCGCCUCUUCGCGGCACGCGGCUACGUCGUCUUCUGCCCCGACUACCGCAACUUCCCGCAGACGACGAUGGAGGGCAUGACGCUCGACGUGUCGGAUGCCAUCGCGUGGGUGCUGAACAACGCGGAUCGCUACAACGGCGACCUGAGCAACGUGACGCUGAUUGGGCAGUCCGCCGGUGCGCACCUGACGAUGAUGUCGCUCCUUUCUCAGGCGCAGCUGUGUGCGUACAACUACAACCAAGAACACAGUCUGUACGAGAACGUGCCGCCGCCGUCCGAUGUCGCCUACAACGUCCCGCGCUACAACCCGCGCGAGUCGAUCCACCGCUACGUCGGCCUCAGCGGGAUUUUUAACGUGGGCGGACUCGUCCGGCACUUUGAUCAUCGCGGACUCUACCGAAACGUGCUGCACCAGAUCGCAGGGGGCAAGACAAACAUGCCGCGCUACACCCUCAACGCCUACUUCGACGACCGCCACCACUGCGCCAACACGGGGGAGGUGCUGCCGGACAACCUCUUCGACUUCUUCCCGCAGCGCAUGUUCUUCGUGCACGGCGACGCCGACAAGAGCGCGCCGGUGACGGAGAGCGCGAACAUCGUCUACUUGAUGCGCGGCGCCCAACGCGACGCCAUUGUGCGGCGGAUCAGCGAAAACCCUGAGGCCGCCAAGACGUUGCCGAAGCCGGUGACGAUAGAGUACAUUCUGGUGCCGGGUGCCACGCACACCGACAGCAUCAUCGAGGAACCGCUGUCUGGCAACAGCCACAUUGUGGAGUUCUUGUGCUACUACGACAUCGACGACGAUCAGCGCCGCCACGCGCAGCUGACGGGUAAGUCGCCCGGCAGCGCUACGCUGGACAGCCACCCUCAUUCUCGCUCCUCCAGCGUUUACAUCGGCAGCACGGGUUCGGCCGAGGUACCAAAGAUGAUCGAGUCGGACGCGCUGCAGCUCGACAUGAGCCCUGUGUUGUCGAACCUGUCGAAGAGCGCGCAGCAUCAGUUCCCGGUGCUGCCCGCUACACGCCCAGAUGGUAUUCUGCUCUCUCCGUGCCCGUCCUCGUCGCGGCGGAAGCUGAUGCGACUGGCCAGCUACAUCUGCCCCUUUUAA